AUGAAGGACCGUGAAUUGCGUUUUGUUGCUGCAUCAAAGCACAGUCGUUUACAUCCUAUAAGAACAUUAAAAAGUGUUCCCUCAUCUCCCAUAGAAAAAGAAUUAGAUUCAAAAUCACCUUUUGAUUUACGUCGAGUACUUAGCGGAGGUCAAAGAACCUCAAAUAUACGAUUUGCUUCAAAUCGUUCCUCUUAUCACUACACGGCGCCCUUUCAAUACCAACAAUAUUAUCCCCAACAAAAUCAGCUAGUACCACCACAUACAGCACCACCAGCAUUUCAUUCAUAUUCAACACUUGGUGUUGAUAUUGCUGUUGAGGCUUUACGCCGUAGACAGCGAAUUUAUCGAACAAGUUCAACCGGUGCACCAUUCCCAGCAGCUAUACCUCUAAAUUCUACCCCAUUACAUCCACUCUCACAAAGAAAACGCUUCCUAUCUGCUUCCUGUGUUGAUCAACGUUUAAUUGAGCGCCCACAAAGAGCUCUAACUAUUGCUAUGGGACAUUGGGAUACUUUAAGGGCACAUUUAAAAACGCCAAAACAUUCAACUGCGUCAAGUCUCGGUCCACCUACAGCAAAUACACAACAGUGCUUGGGGUUUGAAACGGUAGUGCCAAAAGGCAGUAUUGCUUCAACUUUUUCAUGCCCAGCACAAGCAGUUACAAUCGCCACAACAGGAUUAACUGGCACAAUAAUAGCUACACAAGGAGGGGGACAAUCCGGUGGCCUUUCAGCUACUCCAGCAGUUACUUCAACAGCUUCCCAACAAUUACAGCAUCCAUUCCCUGCACCUAAAAGCAAAUUCAAAAUGGCACAUGAAUCCUUUCGGGCCCGAAUGCUGCAGGAAAUGCAGGAUCAGGAGGCCGUGUUCAUGACGAAGAAGAGGACUGCUGAUAGCAAAUCGAGCGAAUUUAAGGGCGGUGAGCUUCAUUCUUCUUCUCCUUCUCCUCCUUCCAAUUUUCAGCUACCUAACCAACAAACUAAUAAAAAUACAAUUGACUCAGGCGAUUUCAACAAGUACACGGCGCAGAGCUACACCAUCCGGAAUGGAGUGGAAAUCUUUGGGGGUAAGUUAUUUUCUUUUGUAAAUGAAUAA